GUUUGAUGUUGAAAAAAAUAAUGAGAAUGUAUUUGAAAGCUACAGAAAAGGCAAUCUUGUGGCAUUUUCUAAUGUUGGUUCUUGCUAUAAAAAAGGAAUAGGAAUAGCAAUAGAUGAAAAUAAAGGAGUUCAAUAG